AAGAAAGCUUCAUAAAAACCUUUCGUGCAUAUCCGACGAAAUCUAUAUAAAAUGUUGAGCUUUAGAUUCAUAGAAAUUUUCGGUGUUAGCCGUUUCAGAAGCAAAUGCAACAUGCUGAAUAUAAUCUGCAUAGAAAUAUUUGUUACUUUGCUUACUACAGUCCAGGCUGAUUCUCAUCGAUUGCUUAUAGAAUAUGAACAUAAGCCAGUUGAGCCCAGAACGACUGAAAGGAGACCAUUCAAAAUAAUACGACAGAUCGUACCACGAGAAAUUAUACAAACAGAUCAAGCUUACGACAUAGAAGAGAAUGAAGGUACAUCCGUAAGGCAAAGCAAAGUGGUACUUCUUCAUGGCCAUCGUAAUGCCAAAAGGAGACGAAUCAUCGUUCGACAGCCUACUGCAAUCGAAAACAGUGAAGAAUCCAGGAGAAUCGUCGUGCGACAGCCUGUCCUCGUUGAAGGCAAUGGAGAACCCAAGAAAGUAAUCAUGAAACAGCCUGUUAUUGUUGAAGACAAUGGAGAAGCCGGAAAAGUCAUCGUGCAACAGCCUGCUGUCGUUGAAGACAGCGACAGUGAAGAACCCAAGUCACAAAAGAUUCUAGUAGCACCCGAAACUGUAGUUUAUGCCUAUCCUCCCGCAGAAAAUACUGUUGAUGUGAAAGACGUUGUUUACCAUUACGGGAAAAAGCUACAUGACACUCUGCAUUCGGCUCUUCACGGAUACAUGCGUUUAGCGCAAAAAGUACUGGGAAUAUUAUAAGAUUGAAAACUAAAAGUGGAAUGCAAUAGAUUUCACUCAGAGCCUGAUGUCCGCCUAAACCCGUAGGACCUCGUCUAUAAUCAAAAAAUUAACCUAGAACUCCUUUGUUUUUUCUCUCGGAGAUACUGGAAUUGAACAGUGGAUUCCCCAGUAAGGAAGUAGGACCUCAGAGCUUUCUUAAUUGGACCCUGUUCAUACAUUUAGAACACUGGUUUUCAACCUUUAUUGUUUGCUUCUCCCUUUCUAACUACUGGUUGUUCUGUCACCCUUUUUGUCACCCAUCUGGGAUAAAGGGAUUAAUAAAUUUUGAUGUAGUCUUGAUUGGUGUAGUGGUUAGCGUUGCUGGCUUCCGUAUCAUUGUACCAUUGCUUGAAUCUUGGAGAUAGUUUGGUUGUAUGUAAGUUUAUAUAUAGUAAGUUUAUAUAUGUAGUUUUAUAUAUAGUAUCUGUCCAGCUUGGAAGUAGUUAAAAUACACGCCGAGCCGAAUAUCCUCUCGAGUAGUUUGGUAGUAGGGAAAAAGAGAUGGGUGGAUCCUUGAACCCAUCCCCUACGGCAAUGGUCUCAAACUAGCAAACCCCAGGCUGUAUACAGCCCACGAACCAAUUUUAUGCGGCCCGCAAGUACAUUUCCCGUAAAUUAAAUAGCAUUGUCAUGACAGGAAUUUGAAGAAAAAGUUUAAGAUUUUAAUGGUUUGGAAUCCACUUUUACAAUAUUUUUUUUAUUAAAAACGAACUAGAGUAUUUCUCCUGAAAAUCUAGAAAUGGAGCUA